CUGGGUGCGGAUGGUCGUCAGAGGAACGUCUCCAAAUUUGGAUUUAUAUCAUUUAGCGGAGUUUGCGCAAUCCCGCCAGUGGGGUCACCAGCAGUCCACGCAGGAUCUUUAACCUUCCGAAACUGGAAAAAAGUCCCACUUCCGUAUCCACGAUGAGCACAUGAGGCCGUUUGGUUCCGAGCAGCGCCAUGUCCCGGGUGGACCAUGAAGUUAUGGCAUAGCCUGACCACUUGUUUGAUUCUGCUGGGAGCCGCGCAUGCCGGCCAAGCGCCCCUGGUCCGAAGCCGGAGCCGACAGCGGCUGUCUUCCGCGGGGGGAGAUUCGCACGAGAAGGAGAGACCCCUGGCGAGUCCACCGCUCCGGAUCAGCCUGUCCGUCAGCCGCAGCCAGCAGGACGCGGACGACCGGGGAGACCAAUAUACCAUGCACGAGCCUCUCUCGGCCGAGUUUGAGGAAGUGGCGGAUUUGAUCAAAGUGACCAUCAGCAGAAUACGCCGCUCCCCCUCCUCCCCCCCAGAGUCCACUCAGGCGACCCAGUCUCCGAGGAUCUCCAAAUCAAAUCGGACCCUAAGUACCAAAGCUCGACACGUCAGACGCAAGAGGAAGAACGGCUCAAGCCGACUGAAAAAUACAAGAACAAAAGGCGGGGCUAGAGGAAAAAAAAAGUCAGGAAGUGGGCGGGGUCAGGGCUGCACGCUGAAACAGAUCCAACUCAACGUGACGGACUUAGGUUUGGGGUACCGCUCGGAUGAGGAGAUGAUAUUCAGGUACUGCGCGGGGCCCUGCAGGAAAUCAGAGACCAACUACGACAAGAUCCUGUACAACCUGGCCCAGCGCAGGAGGUUCCCCGCUAAGGACACGCCCCCGCAGGCCUGCUGUCGACCAAUAGCGUUUGACGACGACCUCUCAUUUCUGGACGAUAACCUUGUGUACCACACCGUGAGGAAGCACUCUGCCAGGAAGUGUGCUUGUGUAUAAAAGGACACUUUUAAACGUUACUGUCCCUUUAAAAAAAAAUUCCCUCAUUUAUUGCAGUUAAUCACUUCCAGAUCCGACUGCGAUAAAUGAAUUUUAGCAAAGUAGGAUUCAUUAUUAAUAAACGCAAUAUUUUCAUUGCACACACACAACGUUUGCCUUUCUAAGUACACUUUUGAACAUUAUUAGAGCCCCGCAGAAAUGACAUAACACCCCUAUUAGUCAUUGUUUACAGCACUAAAGGUGCAGGCUACUGGAUCACCGCAGGGAUAUAAAAGCUAGCAAACGAGUUAGCCUUUAAUUGAUUUGGAAGACAAAGUAAGGAUGUAAAAUCAUACCACUUCCGCAUGGACUGAGAGGAGAGCUUUUUUACAUUCUUAUGUAACAUAUAACUGAUCUUUCAAUAUUCAUGGACUAAUAAUAGGGCCUAGUCAACCAUGAAACAGCGAUCAUUUAAUAAUUAAUAAGCUUAAAAAAACGCAAUUGAGUAAGGAA